GGGGGGUGGGUGGGCAGAGAGAAACAGGAACCACAAGCACUUGAAAACUGGUCCAUAAGAUGCUGACCCAGCUUGUGCGCCUCACUCAGAAGGCAGCCUGGAGGGGACACUCGUGUGCUAGGAUUGGCCAGGCACCAGCGAUGCAAGGAGGGGACAGGCUCAGCUGCCUGACAGCCCACAGCCCACCUGAAGAGUAACUGGAAUUCUGGGGACAAAGGCGACGAGACAGAUAUAAAGCAAGUGCCAUGAAGCUGGGGAGGGAGGGAUUCAGCACCCUGGGCAGCUGGGAAGGCAGGUGCGACUUUGAGUUGACUCCUGAAUGACCAAACCGGUAGGGAAAUGGGGGCAUUCCAGGCAGAACUUCUGGCAGAAGUUAGUCUGAGCCUGCAAUUGCACGGAAGGGAACUUAACCCCAGGGACGCUGAUUGGUGGCAGGGCCACCCAAUCAGCUAAUUGCCCUUCUGUGAUGUGGGGGAGAUGGGCGAGGUCUCCUUAUUUCUCAGGUGGAGAACUGGAAGCUCAGAGAGGUGAAGUGACCAAUGUCACAGAGUGUGUCAUCUGAGGAGUCAGAACCAGGUCUCAUCUCUCUGAUCCUGGAGGCUAAUUCACCUCUUUUCUUCCAGAUUUCUCUUCCCCAGACCUGGGAGCCCUGCGAGUCUAGGGAUGGGCUUUCUAAUUCUGAUUGUUCUUGUCUUUUAGCUGCUGGGACAUCCCCAGAGCAGGUGCUCCAGCCCCCGGAGGGGGACCUUUGCUAUGCAAAUCUGGCCCUGCAGUCAACCGGGACCUCCCACGACCCCUCCCAGAGGAAGGCCUGCACAAAGCCCACCUCCUCUGCCCUGGAUGAUCAGCGGGAAGUGGAAUACGUCACCAUGGCCCCUUUCCCGAAGGAGGACAUUUCCUACGCGGCUCUGUCUUGGGAGCUUUUGAAUCAGGAGCCAACCUACUGCAACAUGAACUACCACGUUGCCCGUGUUCCCAGCAGGAGCCACGAGGAGUCCAUGGAAUACAGCAGCAUUAGGAGACCUUAGCCUGAGCUCCAGGCUCCCCUCUCCAACCCCUCACGAGGCCUGUGAGCAUGUUCCUGCUCUGUCUGCUUUCUGCCCCCAGUCAUCUCACAGGGACCAACCGUGACUGAAGCCUCAACCUGGUCUCAGGGGGCUUUUGGGAGGUAGAUGGUGGUCUCUUUACAUCCCUUUAUCUCCCAUAUAGCUUGGGAGGGGGUUGGGAAUAUGCUCUGGAGCUGCCAAGGGAGUAAUAAUGAUAAUGAUACUACUAAUAAUUGACCUUUAUUUAUUGCUUACCAUGUGUGGUGGGCUGAAUAAUGGCCCCCAAAGUUAUCUGCGUCCCAAUCCCUAGAACCUGUGAAUAUGGCAAAAGGAGCCGUGCGAAUGUAUGGAGUUGAGAAUUUUGAGAUGGGGAGAGUAUUCUGGAUUUUCCAGGUGGGCCCUAAAUGUAAUCACAAGGGUCCUCGUAAGAAGGAGGCAAGGUCACAAGAGGAGAAGGAAGCCGAUGACAGACGCAGAGGUUGGAGUGAUGUGGCCAGAAAAGGCAAGCAAUGGAUUGUUCCCCCCUGGAGGGUCUAGAAGAAACCAGCCCUGCCAACACCCUGACUUUAGUCCAGUGAAACAAAUUUUGUCCUUCUGGCCUCCAGAAUUGUAGGAGAAUAAGCUGAUGUUGUGUUAAUGAAGCCAGUAAACCUG